AGGGGCACGCCCGAGUUCGGCGCCAGGGGCGGCGCCGACCUCGCCUGCCGCGGGACGGCGCGCCUGCCGAGGGCGGUCCCGCGUGCGAGCGUCGAGAGGAAGGCGACCACGGCCAGCUCUCCGAAGGCGCGGCCGCAGACCUGGCGGCGCGGCGGGCACGGCACGUCCCCUCGUACCCGAUGAUGGCAGGCGACGAGGACCUGGAGGCCCCCGCGCAUCAGCAGCCCAGCCGCGCAAGGAGGGUCGCCUCGCUGAACAGGCUCUUCAAGGCGCACGAGGAGCGCCAGAGGGAGGAGAUGGCGCAGCGGCGGAGGGAGCUGCAGGAGGAGCGGGCCAGGGCUGCUUCCUGUCACGGUUGUGGCCCUCACUUGACAGGAGUCUUUCAGCCAGUGACCGGCGCCAUUAGGUUGGAUUGCGCUUGCCUCGCCAGUCCCUUCUCUUUUCUCGUUCCCCCCCACUUCGCGAUCUCUGUGCGGCUGUGCGGCGCAGACCAGCCGUCUGCAGCAAAGAGGUUGUCGGCACAUGUGGCAAGAAGUUUGAGCAGAGGAGCUGCAGACGAGACUGUCGGACGACAUUGGGGGAUCGCGGGAAACUAGCGAUUGCUUCAGCCACUUGCCGACGCUCCCACGCCUAAGCGCGUGCGGAAUUGGCAGCCGCUGUCUGUGAGCAUACUAUCUUUCGCAUCCUCGCCCAGCAUAUGCUUCGUUUCUUGUGGCGGUGUUCGGCCGCUGUAUAGGCACAGAUCGUGGAGAGGAUACGGAGCGAAAAUGAUUGAGCUGCUGCAUUGCACCACGUGUACAAAGCAUGCUGAGUGCUCAUAGUAUGAAGAGCAUGCAGUCGGAAUGAGUUCAGG